UCUGCGGUGUAGUUUUCCAGCUUUCUGUCACCCCGUGCCUUCGCGCGUACCAGCAGAUUCACCGGAGUCGCCAAGAUGACCAGGGCGCGGAGAUAAUACAGCGCCAGGGUCUGAUUUUUUCAACUCAGGGUGCGGAUUAAGUAAAGUUCAUGGCCCAAGUCCCUGGAGGGAAACCCUGCAGUUCUACCUGGAUUAACGUUUCGAGCAUGAGGAUACCUGCGCUCGGGUAGGACACCGGUUAGAAAGUACUGCGAAGUAGCAAAUACUUACUCGCAUCCAUAACCUGAAGGCGUCCAACACUAAGAAACCAGGGACUAUGCAGGCAGCGUGUUACUGGAUUGUCAGAGUUCCUGUGCUGUUGUUGUUUUGGUUAGACCUCCUGGACAGCCAGCACACAUUGGACCACAGGAAGGUUCCUCAGAGGGCAGAGCCCCAACAGGAGUUCAGAGCAGAGCACGGAGAAAUUCAGGGCUCCUGGGGCACUUGGGGCCCCUGGUCAACCUGCUCCCGGACAUGUGGAAACGGGGUACAAGAACAGACCAGGCCCUGUCUGCCUGUGUACACUCCAUCUCAGUACCCCUCCAGAGGAGCCGGUGUCCAGCCUCAGCAGCCAGGACAUGUGAUAUCAGCCCUGCGGCCUACGGUUCCUCUGCACCGUGGCACCGCCAGACCCUCUAAUUUCAGCGGCCGUGGGGAACCAAGGAGGGAGAAGGAGACCAGACCUGGUGGACACAGGAGGGUCAUUUUCCCAGGGAGAUAUGGCUACGGGAGAGCUCCUUACGUUGCUCCUCUGCAGACAGAUACGAGCCAGGGCUCCGAGACACCUCACACCCACAGACAAAGACGCUCGGCAGCAGCUAAGUCCCACCAGCCCACUGCUAGAGGCCCCACUGGCCACAGGUCAAGCAACCUGGGCCGACCCAACAACCCCCACCUCUACAGUAGACCCCACGUGCACAACAGGGCGCCGAAUCCCAGAAAUAAUCAGGUCUGGGCCCCGCUUUACCAGCCCAGCCCAGCCAACAAAGCCGAGGUCCAACAGGAGCAACAAUCAAGCCGCCCAACAUCCGGCCCUCAGCAGCACCAAGAGAGACCUUACAACCCCCUGCCUUCUUCCCUCUGCACAGGGGAACAUGCUCACUACAGGAUCUGCAACAGCAAUGCCUGUCCUCCAUCCAGCAGACACAUCAGAGUCGUCCAGUGUUCCUCUUACAACAACCAGCCUUUCAUGGGACGACUCUAUGAGUGGGAACCGUUUAAUGAGGUUCCUGGGGACCAGCACUGUGAACUCAACUGCCGGGCCAUAGGCUUCAGGUUCUACGUACGUCAGUCAGAGAAGGUGAUCGAUGGGACGCCGUGUGGGAAGAACGAUACUUCUCUCUGCGUGGCAGGAAAGUGUACGAGUCCUGGCUGUGAUGAGUAUCUCGGGUCAGGAAAGGUGAUGGACAAGUGCGGCGUGUGUGGAGGCGACAACACAACCUGCAGGCUGGUCUCGGGGGUCUUCAAACACAGCCUGUCCAAGAUCGGCUACCACAAGAUCGUGGAGAUCCCGGAGGGAGCCACCAAGAUCAACGUCACAGAGAUGCUGAAGAGCAGAAAUUACUUAGCUCUGCGAAGCCGAUCGGGGCGGUCCAUCAUUAAUGGAAACUGGGCUAUUGACCGACCGGGGAAGUACGAAGGUGGGGGGACCAUGUUCACCUACCGCAGACCCAACGAAAUCAGUAGCACAGCUGGGGAAUCUUUUCUUGCUGAAGGGCCGACCAACGAAGCCCUCGACGUUUAUAUGAUCUUCCAGCAGCCAAAUCCUGGUGUUCACUAUGAAUACAUUCUCCCCUCUGAGAAACCGACUGGCCCUCAGCAACCAAACCACAGACCAGAGGGGAACGAUGUGAACAGACAGGAUGGAUACGACCAGCACAGCAACACAGAGCAGGAAAACUUUAAUUCAGCAGGAGGCGGAAGGUUUCCUCCUCGUCUCCCUGACAACCAGGUACCCAGACGUGAGAGAGAGUACAACUGGAAGCUGUCCGGUGCUACAGAGUGCAGCGCUUCAUGUGGAAAAGGUUUCAGAUAUCCCGUCUUUCACUGUGUCCACCGGCUGAACCACGUCCAGGUGUCAGACAGUCUGUGUGACAGCAGCAGUCGACCCACUCCACAGGAAGAGGCCUGCAACCUGCAGCCAUGCCCGGCUUUCUGGGACAUCGGAGAGUGGUCAGAAUGCAGCAAGACCUGCGGCCUGGGAAAGCAGCACCGGCAGGUCCUGUGUCGCCAGGUUUAUGCCAACCGCACGCUCAACGUGCAAACGAGUCGCUGUCAGCACCUGGAGCGGCCAGAAACCACCAGUACCUGCCAGCUGAAGAUCUGCAGCGAGUGGCAGAUCCGCUCCGAGUGGACCGCAUGCUCGGUGCCAUGUGGGUUGGGUCAGAGGUCACGAGAGGUGCGCUGUGUCAGCAACGUGGGCGACUUUGUUCCCGAUGAGGAGUGCAACAUGAAUCUGCGGCCCAACGAUGUGGAGAACUGCGACAUGGGAGCCUGUGCCAAGAGCUGGUUCUACACCGAGUGGGGCAACAAGUGCUCUGCUGAGUGCGGGAUGGGCGUACGAACUCGGGGGGUUCUCUGUCUCACCAACCACAUCAGCAGUCUCCCUCUGGAGGGAUGUGGGAGCGAGCGGCCCGCCGACUCUCAGGUCUGCAACAACGGCCCCUGUGAGAAUCGCAUUGAGUGGUUCACGGGCCCUUGGAGCCAGUGCUCUGCAGAGUGUGGCAGAGGCAGCCAGCAGAGGUCAGUGGUGUGUUUGAUGAAGUCAGAUGAAGGAUUCGGUGUCGUGGCGCCGUACGAGUGCUCGUCCUUGGAGAGGCCUCUCGGCCAGCAGAGCUGCAACCUGAAGGCCUGUGGAGCAAAGUGGUACCACACCGACUGGAGUGCUUGUUCCAAAACAUGCGAGGGAGGUUUCCGUGUGCGAGAAGUUCGCUGUCUGUCCGACGACAUGUUGGCCAGCGAGGGCUGCGACGAGCAACUGAGACCAGCAGAUAAGGAGAACUGCAGCCCAGAGCCCUGCAUACCUCACAUCGACGAGAACUGCAGAGACAAGUACUUCAACUGCAACGUGGUGGUCCAAGCUCGCCUCUGCGUGUACGAUUACUACAAGACGACGUGCUGCGCCUCAUGCUUACGGGUGGCUCACAAACAUUCGAUGCAUCGCGGGCGAAGCUAGCACUUUCAGCUCCAUGACGACUGUGGACGAAUGGACUGGCUGGACCUCGCCUUGAAUGGACACUUGUUUUCCAAGGAAGGAAAUCGAAGAAGGAAACUACUUGUUUGUUCAUUUGCUGUUGGCAGGAAAGACUCCAGUUACCGGACAAACAGAGCUCUGGUGUGGUGUGAUUUCUUUUCUCCAACGGGAACAGUUUGCACCUGCUUUUUUACCUAUAAUGGCUCUUGUGGACUAUUUAUGAGGAGGAGAAAACCUGUAAACCAUGUAAUGUGGACUCUAAACAGAAGUGUGUGGUUCUUUACACUACAGAUUUAUGCCAUGAUACUCCGACUUCUUCAUAUCCACGGUCGACCAAAGAUAUGCAACAGUGAUGGAUUAUUCCAUAUUACCCCAGAAAGCUAAUGGUAUCUCCUUUUGACGGCAACGAUUCACAGAAAGUCACAGAAUUUGGACUCUUUGUUUUAAAUCAUGUUUUCCUUCCUACGCAGCCAUGAGGUGUAAAAGCAGCCUAUAUGUAUGUAUAUAUGUAUGUAUGACAGAGUGAAUGAUAAAGGUGGUUUUAGACAGUUCCCCAGCGCAACUGAAGAAAAAAGAAAAACUCCCACUUUAUUUAUUUCUGUGGCUCCCCACAGGGAGGACACUGGUUUAUUGGCCACCAGUGGCCCCUUCACUGCGUCUAAGCCAAUCACAGCCUCAGAGCUGGAUGUAGGCGAUCCACGGCCCGCGGGAUGGUACAAGCAGAUGGCCAGAAACCUGUAACGUGUUUUUUGAAAACAAACUGUACAUAUAUAUUUUAUUUUAUUUUUUUUCUGUGGAAUAUGAUCAUUCCACGAUUGUACAAUUCCCGAUAAUCAAAAACAUGUUGAAUUACUCAUAAAAUAUUAUUCAUACUUUGAUUGCUAAGAUCAAUAAUUACAGUAUUUCAAAACUUUUGAUUCAUGAACCGUUCUUUUCUGCCGUAUAGCACAGUCGCCAGUUUCCAUACAAAACUACACACAGUACCUCUUAAAUGUUCAGCUCCUGUUGUAAUAUAUCUUUUAUCAGUUCCCUCCAAGCACUAUAAACUUACCUCUGAGUUACCUCCGACCUUAAGUACUGUAUAUCAAUGUUUAAGUUCUAAAUGGCUCCAUUAUGCUAUAAACUCAGCGACAAAGAACAGCUAGGGAUGUGCCGCCAUGGUGGCAUUAUUCUUAUUUUUUACUCUAAAGUAUCAGACUUCUUGAAUAUUUAAUACAUGAUUUCAACUAAUAAACAUCUGUAUUUGCUUCAUCUUAGAAUUCAA